ACCUCACCUCACCUCACCUCGCCCCGCCUCGCCUCGCCCGCCGCGACCUACCGCCAUGGAGACUCGCGACUCCUCCACGAAAGUACGGUGAAACGCGACGAGCUCUGUCGCGCGCGGCUAAGUUCAAGUGCGUCCCCGUAGCGUCUUUUUGGAACACCGUUCGCACGCUUGCGCGCGCACGAGCGAACAAGUGUAACGGCCCGUUUCGUCGAUCGUACAAUUUGGCGUAGCUGUGUGCGCUGAGGUGCGACCGUUUCGGCCUCCAAUCUGUCUGUGCGAGAUACUCUCGCUCGGGAAUAUAAUCCUCCGGUGGCCGGGGUACCGUCGGCAAAGCCAAAGGUAACACGCAGUGGUCGGAGACCACCGCGGCCGUCGGCGAGACGUGCUCCGAGAAAAGAGAGAUCGCUCGACAAGUGCUCAAAUUCCCGGGACGGGAUACACGAGGAGACACCGCGGACCUCGACAGUGUGUUUCGUGUGACAGUGACAGUGACAGUUCUGGUUUUGUUUGGCUUUCGGCUGUUUGUGCGAUGUGCUUCGGUCCAACUGUUCUCCGCAUCCAGUGUCUCGCGUAGUCGGAGCUCGGAACCUCACGAUGGAGUGCCGCAAGGGUCGACGGAAAGGAGCGCCGAUCCUCGGCGGGCUGCUGCUUACGUGGCUCUUAACCAACGGCUGCACCGUCGUCGCGCGAAAUAUGGGUAAGCAGCCGUCGUCGCUACCGCUCUCACGUCGAGACAGCCCCGAGAUAGAGAGGUACGACACCGCAUACGCGUGCGAGGGCAAGACGCUGGAGAUCGAGUGCGGUGAGGGGAAGCUGAUCCACCUGAUACGGGCGAACUACGGCAGGUUCUCGAUCACGAUAUGCAACGAGCACGGGAACACCGACUGGAGCGUCAACUGCAUGUCGCCCAAGUCGUUCCGCGUGCUGAACAACGAGUGCAAUCACCGUAAAUCCUGCUCGGUGGACGUGCGCAGCGACAUUUUCGAGGAGGACCCUUGUCCCGGGACCGGAAAGUACAUCGAGGCCCAGUACCACUGCUUAGCAGCCACUACCACGACGACGUCCCGGCCGAGCCCGCCGUGGUUCAUAACUUCGCAGCCGAGUGUCUGGAGCACCGCUAAGCCGACCGUCAGGCCUCCCUCGAGGAUUACGACACCGGCAGUGCAGCAGCAGCCGCCCCAGCAGCCACCGGCGCCGUCCACCCCAGCACUACCUAUAACGACACCGGCGAGCCCCACGUCGACGAGGUCCUUCGUCGAGAUCGAGGUCGACGAGGAGGAUCCGGGCUUAAUACCUCCUGCGAACGGUUCUCCGGCGAAUGUUCCGGGGAUGCCGCCGAUUAUACCAGAGACCACUCAAGCCACGACAACGUCCACCUUCGUUCCCUGGAGAACCAGUCGAAGGACCACCGUGCCUAGCACGCUGUACCCGGAGUCCAGCUCGAACGGCCAGUGGUACGACUACGGCAAACAAGUGUGUCCCCCGGUGGUCGCUAGGAACCUCUCCUGGAACACGACCAGGGCCGGCGAGCAGGCCGUACAGAGCUGCCCUGGCGGCGCCAACGGCUUGGCCAGGUGGAGGUGUCUGGUGAGCGGCGACACUGCCUUCUGGCACCUCGACAGCCCGGACUUGAGCGAGUGUCGGUCCGUCUGGCUGACCACCCUGGAGAACCGCGUGAGCGACGGCGACGUGAUCCUCGGCAUCAGCCGGGAGCUCUCGCAGGUGACGAACAACAGCCGCGGCCUGUACGGCGGCGACAUGAUGAUCACCGCGAAGAUCAUCAAGAAUAUGGCGGAAAAGAUGGCCUUGGACAUCAAGACGUACAAGGACCCGAAUCAGCGAGAGGUCAGCGUGACGGAGCUGCUGCAGGGUGUAGUGAGAACCAGCAGUAAUCUCCUCGACAAGUCGCAGAUGGCGUCCUGGAAGGACCUCGCUCAUAAAGAUCAGAUGAGGGUCGCCACGUCGUUGCUGAUCGGCCUCGAGGAGAACGCUUUCCUAUUGGCGGACACGCUCAUGCACGAGAAGACCAUCAAGCAUGAGGACAAAAACAUCCUGAUGGAAGUUCGCGUACUGGACGCGCGCAACAUCGACAACGAGCUGGAAGUUUUCCCGAGCGAGGCCGCCCUCCAGAAGUGGAUCUCGAACGAUCGCGUGGAACUUACCAGAGCCGCUCUGCUGGACAACAGCCAGUCCGGCAUCGUACGGCUGGUCUUCAUGGCCUUUGACAGGCUCGAGGAGAUACUGCAGCCGCAAGCGGAACCGCCGUCCGUCGUCACGAACGGCAAUUCCCAGCAACGUAGGAACGCCACCAGGCUCCUAAACAGCAAAGUUAUCUCGGCGUCCUUGGGAAAGGGCCGGCAUAUACAGCUCUCGGAGCCCGUCCGGGUGUAUUUCAGACACCUGGCGGUCGAGAACGUCACCAACCCCACUUGUGUCUUCUGGGAUUACAUCUUGAGCGCUUGGUCGGAAGAAGGAUGCCACAUACAAAAGACCAACGAGACUCACACCGUGUGCGAAUGCAAUCAUCUGACGAACUUUGCCGUGCUGAUGGACGUGCACGCCGUCAGACUGGACAUCGCUCAUCAGGUCGCGUUGCAAAUCAUCACGUAUAUAGGCUGCAUCAUUUCCGUCGUCUGCCUGGUCCUGGCCAUUCUCACGUUUCAAUUAUUUCGCGGACUGAAGUCGGACAGGACGACGAUCCACAAGAACCUCUGCGUGUGCCUGCUGAUAGCCGAGGUGCUCUUCGUCUGCGGGAUCGGCCAGACGAAUCAGAGAGUCGUCUGCGGCAUCGUCGCCGGCUUGCUGCACUUCUUCUUUUUGUGCGCGUUCGCCUGGAUGUUCCUCGAAGGAUUCCAAUUAUACGUGAUGCUGAUUGAGGUUUUCGAGGCGGAAAAAUCUCGGCUCCGAUGGUACUAUCUGGUUGCGUACGGCGCACCGCUGGUGGUAGUCGGAAUUUCGUGCAUAAUCGAUCCACUCAGCUACGGUACCGAUCAGUAUUGCUGGCUACGGGCAGAUAAUUAUUUCAUCUUCAGCUUCGUUGGGCCCGUGUUACUCGUUAUACUGGCGAAUCUGGUGUUUCUGACGAUGGCGAUUUACAUGAUGUGCCGGCACACAAACACCACCGUGGCGAUGAAGAGCAAGGAGCACUCCCGUUUGGCUAGCGCAAAUGGAAAGGAAGAGAAUGCUCUUCCCAACAAAUUGCAAGCGCACUUAGCCUGGCUGCGGGGCGCUAUCGUGCUGGUGUUUCUACUAGGUCUGACCUGGACAUUCGGGCUCCUCUACUUGAACCAGGAGUCCGUCGUGAUGGCGUACAUCUUCACCGUAUUGAAUAGUCUCCAGGGGCUGUUUAUCUUUGUGUUCCAUUGCGUACAGAACGAGAAGGUGAGGAAGGAGUACCGGAAGUUCGUCCGCCGCCACUCCUGGCUGCCCAAGUGCCUGAGAUGCUCGAAGACGGUGACGGGCGGCUCGGCCGGCUCCACCGGCGGCAGCGGCGGCACCGGCGGCGCCAACGGCGGCAAGGACUUCGCCUCGCACAACACCUCGUCGAACCCGUCGGCCCCGACGACCGACAGCUCCGGAUUGUCGCCCCACGCGGCCAGCAACGCCAACCAUUACUUGGUAUCCGGUCGAAGCUGGGCGAUAGUCGAUAGGCAGCCGGCAGUAACGGUGCCAGGUGAACCCUCCUCGACCGAGACUCACAUCGUGGCCACCCUGCCGUACGCACGUCACGCCUUCUUACCCUCAGCUCCCAAUAUCCCCAAAUCUGCCACCGCCACUUGGGGCCACCUUAACAAAAACCUCAUGUGGAAGAACAUUUCUUUUAAGUCGUACUCCCGCGACUCCGGACACGGCGGCUCCGAGCAGGAGGACUCCCCACGGACGCACAACACCUUGACGCUCGGUCACUCGGGCAGGAGGCGCGGGCCGAGCGACGCCAGCGAGAUGAACAGCACCGGCAGCAGGACGACCGCUGGCAGACGCGCCGCGAUGCCGUACAAUCACACUUACACCGAGAUCGUUGACGGUCGCGGAGGCGGCGGCGGCGGCGGCGGCGGCGGCGGCGGUGGCGGUGGCAACGGCACCGGGCAUCACCAGCUGCACGGCCACCACGGUCAGCACGUGCACCUGCCGCGCGGCCUCGCCAACGAAGACGACCCGGUGUACGAGGAGAUCGAGCGAGGAAGCGGCGGCGGCGGCGGCGGCGGCGGCGGUGGAGGCGGCGUCGGCGUCGGCGUCGGCGUCGGCGUCGGUGGCGUCGGUGGAAGUAUCAUCGGCGGCGGUAUCGGCAGCGUCGUCGGCGCCGGCGAGAUCCAAGUGUCGGACAUGUCCGACGAGGACGGCCGGCGGCAGAGCGACAUGAGCAGGCAGUCGUCCAGGAGCUACGGUGACCACCGGCCGUUGAUACCGUACUCGCCCGCUGCCGACCGCAACUUGGCGCACUACGGCCAGACGAUGGUGGAACGUGGCAACGGCGGCCCAGGCGGUAACCUCGCGCACUACGACACGACGGAGUACGGUCCCGCGGUAGAACGGACCCUGAACGCCUGUUGGGAGAAGCUGCGCCGGCAGCAAGCCAGGUACGAGCUCGACCUGCCGCGGCUGCCGGCAGCAUACGGCAUGCCGCCGCAGCAGGACCACACGCGGACGGUGGCCGUGUUGGACGGUCACACCGUCGUCUGCCACCUGCAGCCGCAGACGGACAUGUACACGGGUCGCGGGAUGCCGCCGCCGUCCUACAGCGAGUGUUAGGCCCUGAUCUCGAGGCCGGUUCCACGGACUCGGCGGGACCCCGGCCGGAGACUCCUCUCUCCUGGUACCGCCGCGGAGGAACGAUGAUGGACGCUCUUCCGGGGAGACGACGACGGUGGCGCCGGCGGUCAGCCGGAUUCGCGCGUCAUUCGUCCGGACGGCUCGUCCUGUCGUAGGGACACGUGGUGACGGUGUGGGUAGGUAACGGUGACGGUGGUGAUGAUGACGAUUCGUUCCUGGGAGGAAGCAGCGCGUGUUUAGUCGGCCAUUACCGCCCCCCCCCUUCUCGACGACACGGGGCUUUUUGCGAACGGAGGUCUCUCCCCCCGCGGGAGGAGACGGACGUGUACCGCUUUUUAGCUCAAGCGUAAGCGCGACGGUGCUCCAUGCCCGGCCGAGCGCUAUGCGCGCGGAGGUUCGUCGCGUUUUAGCCAUAAAUCGACUCGCGUAUCGCGAGCGUUCUUACCGGAGCAGCGCCGCUCUCGGCAUCCGUUCGGGGAUGCGAUCCGCUCGGUCGGACGUCUCGGCUCGUGAGCCAGCAGCGAGACGGAUGAGCUGCUGGAGGAGCAAGGAUGAGAGAGAGUGUGUAUAUGUAUGUGUGUGUGUGUGUCUGUGUGUGUGUAUGUGAGAGAGAGAGAGAGAGAGAGAAAAGGCAGAGGAGAGAAAGAGUGGAAGAGAAAGGCUACAUGCAUGAGUGUGAGAGAUAGAUUGAGACGGGCGUUCGACUAGGCUGCCACGUCGUCCAACGGACGACCGUGUCUCCUUAGGAUACACACAUCGAGGUGUGCAUACGUGGCGUGCGUGCGUGUGAAUGCGUGAGAAAAUCGCCGCGACACGCAGACUCUGUAUAACAGAAUUGUAGCGGACCUCUCGUUUAAGCUAAGUGGACGACGACGACGACGACGACGACGACGACGACGACGACGACGACGACGACGACGACGACGACGACGAUGACGACGACGACGACGACGACGACGACGACGACGACGACGACGACGGUGGUGCAUGCCCGUUCGUGGCCGGGCGUUUGGAAUUGGCGAAUCGAGUUGACGCGAGCAAAGACCAGAACGUGACGAGUCCUCAUGGACGGGAGAGCUUUCCGUAGUCCGCAGCGACGCGAAAAUCAGCUUCGGGUGUUUCGAGAGAACAAACGAAAAAGGGGAGGAGGAGGAGGGAAAGUAAAAUUUUUUAAUGCAAUCGCGCGCGAUGAGACGAUGUUUUUGCGAGCUUCGCACGAGCGUACUGAACCAAAGGUUUAUUUUAUCACGAUAUUGAAAGCGGCUCGUGGAAAUUUUUGCAAAAUAUUUGUUUUGCCGACGUUGUUCCGUAACAUCUCUUUUAACGCAAAUAUAUAUAGCCCUGUAUCGCAUACAAUACGAUUUAUAAAAGUGACUUUGCGCAAAAAGUUGCGCCGUACGGGAUGUGAUCGGUUCCAAGUGAUUUCAACCACAACAUUGUCCAUUAGAGGUCAAUCGAUCCGUUAUUUAAAUUUUCUUUAAUAUUGAUUGGGUUUCGCCCGCUGGAUAGGGGCGUAUAUGCCAACGUUUUAUUUCUCUUUAUUUAUUCUCUAAUCCAGAUACAAAUGCAUGCAUACUUUCGCGUUUCUUCUUCUUUACGCGAGCAGAUGCAGCACGUGUGCGCAAUAAAGCAAUUAUUAAAAAUAUUUAUAAAUUAUAAAUAUUAUAAAGCUAUUAAAAAUAUUUAUUUUUCCGAUCGUUCCUAAAUGCACGGAGAACGCGCGUUGCUUUCUUACUUUCUCGUAAAAUUCGCGCGUCUUCGAGACGUAAAUGAUUCGCGAGCAAAACGACACGAGGUCCCGACGGUGUGCCGGUGACGGAGCGGGUGGGGGGGGGAGGGGGGCUGUGGGCGUCCGGGCGAGCGUGUACGCGCGCGCCAUAUCGUUUUCUAUCACUUGGAUCGCUAUACUUCUUACGAGGGGCGAGGCGCGCGUUAUCCGGAUCGUGUAUCGGAAGCUACCUCGUGCGCGAUGGACUUCGAAGAGAGAGAUAUGCGUCGUCGACACCUCGGCGCAUCCGCUGCGACCCUUUACGCGGCCACAGCUGCGCGCGGAUUGCAGCGGGGGACAGGUGGAUUACGGAACUCGACAGAGCGCGAGCCGGUAUUCAGCGCGACGAUAAGUGGCGGCGGGUUCAUGGCGGCGGCUCGUGCGUCAAACGCCGUCCGGCAAUAUUAAGUGUCGCUUUGACCGUCGCGUUAAACAGCGGUUCGCCGCUUGCGGCCGAGCGUAUGAGUCGCGCGUAAAUUGCAGUCGCGCGAUGCGACCUCGUGUCGAUUUGGCUUGGACGCUAGCCCAAUCGAGCCGCACGGCGGCGGCGUGCGUUUAACGCAGCACUCAAGCCCACGUACGAUGUGCGACGCACCGCGGUGUGUGACGGACGAGUCGCGGUUUACCGCCUCUCUCGUCGGCGCUGCUUCCUCGGGCUCGCGAGUAUUCGGCGGUGCAGAGCUUUCCUCGGAACGCGCGAGCGGGUCAGCGUGUGACGUCCCUCGAUUUAGAAAACAGGCAUUGUAAUAUAGAUCUAGACAUAUCGCCACCGGCCGAAUACGCGAAUCGCCAACAACACGCCGGUGACAUUGUCGAGCAGCCGAGGGGAUCGGCGUGCCCGGGAUGCGAUCUUUAUGCGGGAUCGAUGACGGCUCGAUAAAGGGGAAGACGCCGGUACCGUGCGACCCGCGACGAGGUCGCUCUGCGGCGACGCUUACCUUGCGCAUGGAAAAAUGGUAGCGCUCUGGCUCGCCCGAUGUCCGAGAAUUUUAUUGACGACGACGACGAUGUAUUUCUUUUCCUUCUUUCUCUUUAGUAAUGAAACGAUUUUCUUUUGUUAUCUUGCGACGAAAAUCACCCUCCAAGCCGGAGCAGUCGCCUCUCGUCGCUGGCCACGGUACCUCUCGUUGCUUCAGUCCUGCGCCUCUUGAUUAAAAAGACGCGGUUAGUGAAGAACAUCCCGCAGUCUUCGCGAAAGACAGGUGUUGCAUUGAAGCGUUUUCUCAAUAUCGAAUACACGAGGGCAGUCUGAAAAGUUCUCGGCCUAACAGUGAAAGAAAACUUUCGUUUUGCCGUGAAAUAUGUUUUAUUUUUCAAUAUAAUCUCCUGAAACUUCAAUACAUUUAUUCCAAUAAUUUUUUCAAUUUUUUCAAUAAUUCAAUAC